AUGCCGACGCCUCGGCUCAUGAUGAAGAAGCAGAACGUGCGCACGCUGUCGCUCAUCCUCUGCAUGUUCUCCUACCUGCUGGUCGGAGCCGCCGUCUUCGACGCGCUCGAGUCCGAGUCGGAGAGCUCGCGCCGGCGCGUGCUGGAGCAGAAGCGCAGCGACAUGAAGAAGAAGUACCGCUUCUCCGAGGACGACUACCGCGAGAUCGAGCGCGUGGUGCUGCAGGCUGAGCCGCACCGCGCCGGGAGGCAGUGGAAAUUCGCAGGCUCCUUUUAUUUCGCCAUAACAGUCAUCACCACCAUCGGCUACGGACACGCUGCUCCGGGAACGGACGCAGGAAAGGUUUUCUGCAUGUUCUACGCCGUUCUUGGCAUUCCUCUCACUUUGGUGAUGUUCCAGAGCCUGGGUGAAAGGAUGAACACGUUCGUCCGCUACCUCCUGCACAAGAUCAAGCAGUGUCUGGGCUUCCGCCGCACCGAGGUGUCCAUGGAGAACAUGGUCCUGGUGGGCUUCCUGUCCUGCCUCGGCACUCUGUGUGUGGGAGCUGCGGCCUUUUCCCACUUUGAAGGAUGGAGCUUCUUCCACGCUUACUACUACUGCUUCAUCACACUCACCACUAUUGGCUUUGGAGACUUUGUGGCCCUGCAGAAGAAGGAGGACCUGCAGAAAAAGACCCCCUACGUGGCUUUCAGCUUCAUGUACAUCCUGGUGGGGCUGACCGUCAUUGGGGCGUUUCUCAAUUUGGUAGUGCUCCGUUUUCUCACCAUGAACACAGAGGACGAGAGGCGAGACGCUCAAGAGAGAGCUUCGCUGAAGAGGGACAGGGGCCUCUUGGAGGGGGCUCUGGGCCUGCGUGUUGUGGGGGACCAGCACAGAGACAACCACAAGGAGCGGGCCAACAUGGUGCACAGCCACAGCACGCUUUUUCUCCCCAUGCAAGAAGGAACGAGCCGCACCAACCUCAUCGCCUCCCCAGCAGAGGAUCCAGAGGGGCGAAGGAGUCCCUGCAAGCACAGGCUGCACUUUCAGGUCAAGACGGACAGACGGAGGCAGGAGUCCAGCCUCAGCUCGCUCUGCUCCUCCUGCGUGUGCUACCGCUCGGAGGUUUGUGACAGCCCUCUUGUGAGCCGCGGUGACCACCACGGCUGCCACGUCAAUUCGGUUUACUACAACUCUGUGUCUUAUAAGAUCCAGAGCUGCUCGCCGAGGGACAACACCGGACUGUCCUCGCCUGGGAGCACGCUCUCACCUGGACACAGUUUUCAGGAGCUCCCCCGUUUGAGGAGAAAGUCAGUGUAA